AUUUUCUGUUCAACAUCAACUUAUGCGCGAACGUAUUUGAAUGGUUAAUAAAUGAUACAGUGCAACGUCUUUCGCAGCAGAAUUUGGUAUUACAAUAUUCAAAACAAAUUUAUGGAUUUAAAAAGGAGUUUUAGAUCUAUCACAGCUUUGAGAAUUUAAUUUUGUGAACCCUUUCAUUUUAUUUUGACUGAGUUAGUCAUUGUUAAAUGGAAUUGGAAAUACAUAUACUUCUAUGGUACGAAUUUAAAAUCCAUCACAAUUUUAACACGGUGUAAAUAAUUUGAGCAUUUUUCCAAUUAUAACUUCUCAGUGUUCACAGUGUUAGACAAAGUGUUAAUCAUCCUAAACGUUAUAUGCCUUGUAAGUCAUCUAAAGACUCUGUCUACAGAAACAUUCAUAGAUUGUUGUUGAAAACACUCUCAAUCCCUAUAUUUCAUAAAAACUACCAUGGUUUCUUUCACUUUAUUCGUUAUAUUUCACAUUAAUUUGGUUGAAUGAGAAAACAGCUGAUGAUAAUACGUGACAUAAUUGACAUAUAGUGAUGACGUGGAAUUAAACUAAAGGUUAUAACCCAUAUGUAAAAUCAUUUUGAGUUCUGCUAGGUAAUAGCAAAUAAAUCUAUACAAUAUUGAAGUUAAAAUAAAAAUCCUUUCCAUUGAACAAAUGAAAAACAUGUCCCGUGCACAUGUUAGUUUUAAGUAAGUUCGAUUUUAUUUUAUGCUCACUAACUAUACAUUAUUACGACUGUCAAAUAUUAAUGUGAGAGUACGCAUAAAAACUAACAGCAGAUAGGUCGAAUACAUUUAGCGAAAUCGAUUACCGUAAUAAAAACAUGUGUAGAGUAGUGUAUAACAAUUAGAAAACGGGUGUAAACAACAUUCAAAUCGCAUUAAAUCCUGAUGACUAUGACAAGAUAUAAACUUUGUGGAAUAUAUUUUUCUAAGAAAUUGACUACAGUUUUCAUAUUGACUGUGUUGUUCUUUCAAAUACCAUCAAUUAUUCUGUAUCAUAAUUACACAACCAACAAUUCAGUGGGAGAGGGAUUUUUCAGUAGUGAUGUUUUUUUUCACAUGAAAAUGUUGAGCAUAUGUACGAAGUCGGAGCAAAAGUGGCUUCAAUGUGUUGAUCAAUUGAAUGAUUUGAGAAUAACAAAUUAUGUAAGAUUGUCUGGAUUCCAAUCAUCAGUUCGUCUGUUUCAAACACCGUUAAACUACGGACUUCUCGAUAUACAAAUUCCAUUUACAAUAAAUAGUGAGAAUCAUAUGAAGGAUAUGUUGAAUGAACGUUAUGUUUUGUCGAAUAGUAGUGAUGUAAUUCCAAUGUCUAACGUGAAGUCAAGUGUGAAAAUGAGAAAGCGCAAUGUGCAUCAUCCGAAGUAUUUCAAUGUGAAAGAAGCACUUCAUGCUAUUGAAGUAGGGUUAUCUGAUGACGCAAAGCCGGUCAACGGAGGAUCGAUCAUUGUUGUACAACUACCAACGAGUGCUUGCAGUCCCACCAAACCACCAGAAAGUCUGGAUCUCAUAGUAAUAGUGAAGUCGUGUAUCUAUUGCUUUGACAAACGAUCGUACGCUCGAGACACCUACAUGAAAUCACACCUGUGGAAAGAUUUCCGAAUUCGAUUUGUUUUCGUUGUUGGAUUGCCAACCCCAAAUGAAACGGAUGUGUAUCAUUUCGACGGAGUCACUGUGAAUCUUGGUCGGAAGGCUUCUGAACUCUCUAAACUUUACGAGAGCUCACGAUGGAUUGCUGCUAAGAAGCUGAGUGACGAGAGUGGAAAAUUCAAUGAUAUGUUGGUCGGGUCAUUUCAUGAUACGUAUUUCAACUUGACGUCCAAGAUGAUAUUGUCAUAUCGAUGGGCUGCUACAUUUUGUAAGGGACAAACACCAUUGUAUCUGUUCGUUGAUGACGAUUAUGCAUUACUGCCUGAAAACACUAUUCGACUUGUCAGGAGUCUGAAUGCUUCUGUUUCGAGAUCGACCGUAGGAGGUUUUGUGCAUUAUACAAGUGUAGUGGCAAGACCGUCAAAGGAGAAGUUCGAUUUGAAAUGGUCGGUUUCAGUGAAUGAAUACCCAUGGGAUUACUAUCCACCUUACUUCUAUGGAAUAGGUUAUUUGUUGGGUUCAGAUAUUGUCAGUGAUGCUUCUGUGGCUAUGGCUUUCACACGAAGCAUUCGUAUAGAUGACUCAUUUUUAGGAAUUGUGUUGAGUCGACUAAACAGGACACUGACUAAUAUGAAGGAGUUUUCGUUGGAUGAAUCAAUACCGGAAAAUAAAUCUUGUCUAGUCAUUAUCAAUGUAGAUAUUGCGGGUGAUGUUAUUAAUUGGAAAACUGGCGACAUUAUGAACUAUUAA